UGAAUUGAACCCCACGCAUAUCGAACCUUGAUCUUGCCAUCUAGAUCUCUAUAGAACUUUAGUUCCGCCACCUUAUCAACUUGAUGCUCCAUCAAAGCUACAAGCUUUUAAAGGACAGCACCUUCCUGCUCGCUUUCUUCCUCCUCUAAACUGCAAUUUGCUUCCUCCCAUGGCCACCUUUUUGAGCUCCUUUUCUUCUCCGACUCUUGCAGUGCUGCUUUUUCGCAUCCUCAUACAGCUCAACCGCCCUCAGCCCAAAAAGAACAAAAGCAAGGGGAGAGAGAGAGAGAGAUGGUACCACCACCACAACACAAGCAUGACACUAUGACAGUGUGACACACCAACCCCACCUUCUAAAUAUCUUCCAAUGGCUAUCUGCUUCUUCUCUCUCGGUCUGUAACUGAAACCACAGCUUCUGCUCCUUCUCCCAUCGACCUCACCUACUCUGUUUAAUUAAGCUCCAUCGCACUCGCUCGCAAUAUUCUAAUGUUGGCCUUUUCCGCUGUUUGGCCUAACUCUCUUCUCCAUAUCGAGCUUCCCUAGGUGCUCGCUCUCCUACUCGUUUGACCUCCUCGCUAGAGAAGAAGCAGACGAGCUCCUCGUCUUCCGACUCGAGUAUUGACGAGCUAAAAAUGCAAUCUUGGGAGUGAGUUUGUGAGUUCUUCGCUUGCUUUUCCUCUCCACUGAAGCUAAAGUUGUUGCCUUUGUAAUGAGCUCGGUGUGUGCUUGACCUCUUCGAACAUGGAUCUCGAACGCGGAGGCGACGGCGGCGGGGAGGGUUUCCCUAGUGCGGAGAAGAAGAAGGAUUCAUGGCGGGCGGUGGUUACAUUGGCGUACCAGAGUCUGGGAGUGGUCUACGGCGACCUGAGCACGUCGCCGCUGUACGUGUACAAGAACACCUUCGCGGAGGACAUCGAGCACUCGGAGACGAACGAGGAGAUCUACGGCGUGCUUUCCUUCGUCUUCUGGACCCUCACGCUCGUCCCCCUCCUCAAGUACGUCUUCAUCGUGCUCCGCGCCGACGACAAUGGCGAAGGCGGCACCUUUGCGCUCUACUCCCUCCUCUGCCGCCACGCCCGCGUCGGAUUCCUGCCCAACGGCCAGCUCGCCGACGAGGAGCUCUCCACGUACAAGAAGACGGACGGCGGGGACGCCGCCCCGCCCUCGGGCGGCGCCGCGGCGGCCUCUAGGGUAAAGAGGCUGCUCGAGAAGCACCAGGUACUGCAGCUCUUGCUACUCAUCCUUGCUCUGAUCGGGACUUGCAUGGUAAUUGGCGACGGCGUGCUUACACCAGCAAUUUCUGUCUUCUCGGCUAUUUCAGGUCUUGAGCUGUCCAUGUCCAGGGAACAACACAAGUAUGUUGAAGUUCCCAUUGCUUGUGCCAUAUUAGUUGCUUUGUUUGCUCUGCAACAUUACGGCACACAUCGGGUCGCCUUCCUAUUUGCACCGAUCGUGGUUACUUGGCUCGUUUGCAUCAGUGCGAUCGGUGUUUACAACAUUUUUCAUUGGAACCCACAUGUGUAUCAAGCACUUUCUCCCUACUACAUGUACAAAUUCCUGAAGAAAACCCAAAGAGGCGGUUGGAUGUCUUUGGGUGGAAUACUAUUGUGCAUAACAGGUUCUGAAGCUAUGUAUGCCGAUUUGGGACAUUUUUCUCAGCUAUCGAUACAGAUUGCUUUUACUUCCAUGAUUUAUCCCUCCUUGAUCCUUGCAUACAUGGGACAAGCUGCUUAUCUAUCGAAACAUCAUUUUAUAGAAAGUGACUACCGUAUCGGGUUCUAUGUAUCCGUUCCAGAGAAAAUAAGGUGGCCAGUUCUGGCGAUCGCCAUAUUGGCGGCUGUUGUCGGAAGCCAAGCUGUUAUCACUGGCACUUUCUCGAUCGUCAAGCAGUGCUCAGCAUUGAGCUGUUUCCCUAGGGUGAAGAUCGUUCAUACUUCAUCGAAAGUACAUGGACAAAUAUACAUUCCUGAAAUAAAUUGGAUGUUGAUGACAUUGUGCCUCGCUGUUACUGUCGGUUUCAGAGAUACAAAGCGCAUGGGCAAUGCAUCAGGGCUGGCUGUUAUUACUGUCAUGUUGGUUACGACCUGUUUGAUGUCGCUUGUGAUAGUUCUAUGUUGGCACAAGAGCAUCUUCUUCGCCGUAUGUUUCAUCCUCUUCUUUGGAUCGAUCGAGGCAUUAUACUUCUCUGCGUCCCUCAUCAAGUUCUUGGAAGGAGCUUGGGUGCCAAUUGCCCUCUCAUUCAUCUUCAUGAUAAUUAUGUAUGUAUGGCACUACGGCACACUCAAAAAGUACGAAUUCGACAUCCAAAAUAAGGUCUCGAUCGACUGGCUCAUCGGUCUCAGCCCUAACCUCGGAAUUGUUCGUGUGAGAGGCAUUGGCCUCAUCCACACUGAACUUGUGUCGGGAAUUCCAGCCAUCUUUUCUCACUUUGUCACCAACCUCCCUGCAUUUCACCAGGUCCUCGUGUUCCUAUGCAUCAAGUCUGUCCCAGUGCCGUAUGUUCGACCAGAGGAACGGUUCCUCGUGGGAAGAAUUGGCCCAAAAGAAUACAGGGUGUACCGAUGCAUCGCGCGGUAUGGCUACCGUGAUGUGCACAAGGAUGAUAUCGAGUUCGAGAAGGAUUUAGUGUGCAGCAUUGCUGAGUUCAUCUGGUCCAGUGUUUCUCAUGCCGGUGGAACACAAGAACAACCCGAAAAGGACAACGAUAGAAUGGCAGUGGUUGGAGCAGGACUAGGACUAUGCGAAGAAGAGGUGGACCUAGACGACGCAGCUGGCCCUUCAAGCUCAAGGGAGAUACAAUCACCGGUCGCGAGAAAGAAGAAGGUGAGGUUUGUUUUACCCGAGAGCCCGCAUUUGGACUCCGACGAAAGGGAAGAACUGCAGGAGCUGAUGGAAGCAAGGGAAGCCGGGAUGGCAUUCAUUCUGGGGCAUGCCGAGGUGAAGGCAAAGAGCGGAUCGGGUUUGAUCAAGAGAUUUGUGAUCGAUAUCGGGUAUGAUUUCUUGAGGAGGAAUUGUAGGGGACCUGCCUACGCAGUGAGCAUUCCUCAUGCAUCGACUUUGGAAGUGGGGAUGGUUUACAGUGUUUGAAUUCUCGACGACAAUGUACAUCGAUCUCGUUAGUGUAAAUUAGCAUAGGUGUUCAGUUUCCUUUUCGUGUUGUUACUUUCGAUAGAUUUUUUGGUAUUACAGUAACAAUUUCAAGAAGUUAUGAACCCGAAAUGAAGUCCAAACAUUUAUUGUGGC